UUUCACACGGAUAUAUUGUGGAGUAUAUACGAGGCAACAGCUUUCAAGAAUUAUAAGUUAAAUAAUUGAUUGCAAAGCUUUAGUAACAUGUUGUAUUUCUUUUGGAAAUGUCUACUACAUAUAUAGAAAAAUCCAUUUCAUUGGUGGAAAAAAAGAAGCAGCAAUGGGCCAAAGAAAGAGAGGAACUUGCUAGAAUAUCUGGAUAUUGGAGACAAAGUUCUGAGCCACAGCAUAUUGAAGGAUUUUUUGACAGAAAUAAUUAUGCCUCAAACACUAUGGUGCCGAGCAGCGAAUACGAUCGAAGAUCCCUCAAAGGUCCGGACAGAAGAAGCAGCCUACCCCCGCUCUACAAAAAUCAGUACAACUCGCGCGAGCACUACGAAAGAGAGAAGGAGCAAGGCGGGGAGACUUCCGGUUACGGCAGCGAUAACAGCCCGGAGUUUCACCAGGUGCCCUGGAGCCAGUCCGGACCAAGACUAAACCAGCAUGACCAAAACCUUUUGCUCAUCACCAGGUACGAAUCGUCUUCGAGCCGGGACGACAGGCCCAAGUGGGGCGACAAGGGGGUGGUAGGGGGUAAAUUCUGGACGCCCAAAGAGGAGGUGCCGGAAAAGAACCUCUCCGAACCCCCCAACUGGGUGAAGAGGGGUCUCAAAGACGGGGAGAUUGUCGUUUCGAACCAGUCACCUGCCGAAUCGCCUGAACAAACUUACGAGGACCCUGAGAGGCCGUCUACGGGGUGCAGCUCCAACAUUAACCGAACCUACAUAAGAGGUCAAAACAUCCCGCUCGACUCUCUAGAGCUGGCCGAACGCGAACGUAAACGUCAUAUAGCGUUGGAGCAUCAGCAAGCGAUUAGGCAACAGUUGGAGGAGAGAGAACGCAAGCGAAGGGAGGAGAGGGAACGAAAAAUCCAAGAAGAGCGAGAGGAGGAACUGCGAAUCGAAAGAGAGCAGGAAGUUGAACGGCAAAGGCAAGAACACGAGCAACGACUGCUGAAAGAAAAACUGGAAAGGGAGAGGAAACGGAAAGAGGCCAUACAGGAAGCUAUAGAGGUGGCUCAAAGGGAGGCAAAACUGGCGAAGAUGAGGCAAAAGAUGUCGAAAUUUGCUGAUAAUAACGAAGAAGUCAUUGUGAACAUGAACAUGACGGAAAACAUACUGGAAAAGAAAGAAACUGAUGCUGACGAGAAGGCUUUAAAAAGUACAAUAAUAACAGACAGUCAUGCUGCCCCUGAUAAUAAUAAUAAUAAUAAUAAUAAGCCUGCUGAACCUAAAAAAGAAAUUCUCAACAAUGACAGUGAAAACAACAGUGAAACAAUACCAAAACUGACAAACAUCCUUAACGAUACGACCGAAUGCAAAUCGUUGACACCAAGGCAAAGCAACGCAAAAAAUUACAACACACCCAGAACAGACUACCAAGCUCUCAUCUUCCAAUCGCCUUUGGAAAUACUGCAAAGCCUCCCUUACGCCGUUCUAGUCCCAUCAACACCCAUGAACUACGCUGUACCUUUGAGUGAUAUCGGGACUAGUAUGUCAAGGACGGAAAAUCGAAUCCUCACACCAACUCAAUAUAGAAACAAAAAUUCCAGACUGUGCGACAGCAGUACGCAAACUGACCCCGAAUAUACGGGAGAGUCGAGCGUCAGGGAAAAAUUCGGUAACUUGGAGUUGACCUACGAUAACAGAAGCAGCAGAAAAGACAGGAGGAGCAGGUUGGAAGACGUGGAGGAUAGACCCAAAUGGGGGGCUAACAGACCGCCCACGAGGUACUUAAAGCAGAGCGAGAAGGAUCUUCUGUAUCAGCGGCGGAAGUUGAGGCAAAAAGUCAGGGACGACAAAAAUUCGAGCGACGAGAGCCAGAUGGGCAGCCCGAGGGCCUACAGGAAGAAAGGCUACGUGGAUAAAAGGGCUUUGUGGAGGAAAGAUGGCCGCCAAGUGUUCAACAGAAACGUCGGGAUGUACCAGACGGAAAUAGUUCCUCUGGAGACCGACAAAGAUCGUCUGUACUACCGGCAAAACGAGGAAGAGUGCUGUUGUCGGUGCAGACACAACGUCAAAGUGGACAUCCUCAAAAUUGAGCACUCUCCGAGGGAAAACCGGUUGCCCGACUGCGUUCAGAAUGAAAACAGCGAGGUUCUGGAAAAACUGUCGAACCUCCACAACGGUUUGCUUUUGAAGCAAGAGCAGUGGAAAAAUUCGCCCAGAACGCCGUCAUUGUCUUCAUCUAAAGCCAACUGAAAUUUUGUUUAUUUAGUAGAUUUCGAUUCGACUAGUUGUUUUAUAUUUUUGUAACUUCAGAUCGUAAUGGGAGACGAUUUUUUGACGAAGAAGAAGGAGAGCGUCCCCACGUUGGACCUCUCCCAGAACGUGGUAACGUCGAACGAAGAGUUCAGAAGGAUGCUGGAGAAAGUGCCGGACUUUAAAAUGAAACCCGAAAAAGUCCCUUUCGAUGCGAUCAAGGUUAAGGACAAGAAAUUCAAGUUUAAAUCCGGGAAACGGGAUUUGAAGGCGAUGAGGGUGCCCUACACUUUCAUGGACCCCUUACCAGUAGAAAUGAGUAAAUUGAACAUCAGCGAGCUCGCCGCUGUGUCCAUAGAUUGGAAAAUGUUGACGGUUCUGAAGCCGAAAAGUAAAGUUGAAGAAAACUAU